AAAGUGGAUUUAUUUUUGAUGGAAAGAAGAGCAGCACGGCCUCUAAAAACUCAUCUUCAGAAAAAAUAAUCUCAAUAAUAAGAUGGAGGAAGGUACUUCAGUUUCUCCAGAACCCAGCUGUCUGGCUAUGAAGAGUGACAGAUCCAUUAUUGAGAAUCCUCCUUAUCUAAGUAGUGGAGAAGUGACUUCUGACUUCAGGAAGAAACAGAUUCAGAAAGCUGCAUCUCCAGAAUCCGGUUGGGUGUCUAUGAAGAGUGACAGAUCCAUGAAUCCGGAACUACCUAAUCUAAGUAGUGAAGCAGUGACCUCUGACCUCAGGCAGCUCUACACAGAAGACAACCUGCUGGAGGAGACUAAAGACCUUCUUCAGGAUUCUUAUCAACCAGUGGAUGAUGUUCUGGAGAGAGUCAAAGACCAACACAAAACCAUCAUGAAAAACAAGUAUGAGAGUUUAUUUGAGGGAAUCAAACAACAAGAGAAUCAAACCCUCCUGAAGAGGAUUUACACACAAUUGCACAUCAUAGAGGGAGAGAGUGAAGGAGUAAAUGAAGAACACGAGGUUAUAAACAUGGAGAAAAACACCAGAACACAAUGCUUGCAAGACACAAUAAUCUACUGCAAUGAUAUAUUUAAACCCUUACCUGAACCAGAUUAUAAAACAGAGAAAAGAAGAGAGAGGAAAGAUAAAAUCAAGAGCGUUCUUACUAAAGGCAUCGCUGGAAUUGGAAAAACCGUCUCUGUACAGAAAUUCAUUCUGGAUUGGGCCGAGGGAACAGCCAAUCAGGAUGUAGAUUUCAUGUUUGUGCUUCCGUUUCGAGAGCUGAACUUGAUUCAAGACGAUCAGUACACUCUUCACAAACUUCUGAUUGACUUUCAUCCUGAACUUCAAGAUCUGGACUCAAAGAUUUAUGAUGAGUGUAAAGUUGUGUUCAUCUUUGAUGGUCUGGAUGAAAACAGAAUGACACUGAUGUUUUCAGAUGGUGAGAAAGUUUCUGGCGUGACUCAGACUUCAUCAGUGGCUGUGUUGAUAUCAAACCUCAUGAAAGGAGAUCUGCUUCCCUCUGCUCUGAUCUGGAUCACCUCCAGACCAGCAGCAGCCAAUCAGAUACCAUCUAAAUACAUCAACCGUGUGACAGAGAUCCAGGGAUUCAAGGAUGCUCAGAAGGAGGAAUAUUUCAAAAAGAGAAUCAGUGAUGAACAUCAAGCCUGCAGAAUCAUCUCACACAUUAGAAGAUCAAGAAGUCUCCACAUUAUGUGUCACAUACCAGUCUUCUGUUGGAUCUCAUCCACUGUGCUUCAAAACAUCCUGAAACAAAACUACGAGAGUGCAAAAAUCCCCAAAAAUCUGACUGAAAUGUACAUCCACUUCCUGCUGAUUCAGAUGAAUAUGAAGAAGGAGAAGUAUGAUGAGAGAGAUCCAGAGAAACUCCUGAAGUCCAACAGAGAAGUGAUUGUCAGACUGUCUGAAGUGGCUUUCAAACAGCUGAUGAAGGGUAAUGUGAUGUUUUAUGAGGAGGAGCUGAGAGAAUCUGGCAUAGACAUCAUAGAUGCCUUGUUGAAUUCUGGAAUUUGCACUGAGAUCUUUAAGGAGGAAGCUGUGAUUAAUCAGAGGAAAAUCUACUGCUUCAUACAUCUCAGCAUCCAGGAGUUUCUGUCUGCAUUCUAUGUGUUGUACAGUUGUUUAACAAAGAAGACAGAAUCACUGCAGAUGUUUAUGAAGGAGAAGAAUGACUUUUACUGGUACAGCAGAUACUCAGACAAUGAUAAUCAUAGGUCUGAGGAGAUCUCUCUGUCUCUUCUUCUACAGUCAGCAGUUGAUAAAGCUCUUCAAAGUAAAACUGGACAUCUGGAUCUUUUCCUGCGAUUCCUGCUUGGCAUCACAUUGGAGUCCAAUCAGAGACUCUUACAGGAUCUACUGACACACACGGUGGACACCUCACAAACCAUCAGUGAAACCACACAGUACAUUAAAGAUAAAAUUAAACAUGAUGAUCUCUCGGCUGAAAGAUCCAUCAAUCUGUUUCUGUGUCUUCUUGAAGUGAAUGAUCAGACUUUGUACAGAGAGAUUGAGGAGUUUGUGAGAUCAGACAAACACUCAGAGAAAAAACUCUCUGCUGCUCACUGUUCAGCUAUAGCCUGCAUGCUUCAGAUGUCAGAGGAGGCGCUGGAUGAGUUUGAUCUGAAGAAAUACAACACAACACAGGAGGGGAGAAGACGACUCAUACCAGCUGUCAGCAACUGCACAAGAGCUAUUUUACAGAGCUGUAAUAUGACUGUUGAGUGUUGCAAAAUUUUGGCUUCAUGUCUACAAUCCCCAAACUCACCUGUGAGAGAUCUGGACCUGAGUAACAACGACCUGGAUUCAGGAGUGAAGCUCAUCUUUGAUGCUCUCAAGAGUCACAGCUGUAAACUAGAAAUACUGAGAUUGUCAAUGUGUAAUCUGACUGGUGGGUGCUGUGAAAGUUUGUCUUCAUCUCUACAAUCCUCACGGUGUCUCCUGAAAGAUCUGGACCUGAGUAACAAUGACCUGCAGGAUUCAGGAGUGAAGCUCAUCGCUGAUGCUAUUAAGAGUCACAACUGUAAACUACAGAUACUGAGAUUAUCUGGUUGUAUGGUGACAGAUGAAGGUUGUUGUUAUUUGGCUUCAGCUCUGAGUUCAAACCUAUCAUCACACCUGAGAGAGCUGGAUCUGAGCUACAAUCACCCAAAACACUCAGGAGUUCAGCUGCUUUCUCAGAGACUCUGUGAUACAAACUCAACACUCAACGUACUCAAUUUGAAUCAUGGAAGAGAGGAAUUAAGAAUUACUGCAGGACUACACAAGUAUGCCUGUGAUCUUACAUUGGAUCCAAACACAGCAAACACUCAGCUCAUACUGUCUGAAGACAACAGAAAGGUGACAUGUGUGAAUGUGGAGCAGUCGUAUCCUGAUCAUCCAGACAGAUUUGAGUGUUAUCCUCAGGUUUUAUGUAAAGAGCCUCUGACUGGACGCUGUUACUGGGAGGUUGAAUGGACAGGCUGCGGUGUUUUUAUAUCAGUUUCAUAUAAAAACAUCCGCAGAAAAGAAAGGAGGGAUGACAGCGUGUUUGGAUUCAAUAAAAAGUCAUGGAGCCUGCACUGUUCUGAUCGUAGUAUACGUGCCCGUCAUGAUAAUAAGGGAACAAUGGUAUCUGCUUCCUCACCUCCAUCUAAUAGAAUAGGAGUUUAUCUUGACUGGUCAGCCGGCACUUUGUCCUUCUACAGCGUCUCUGAUACACAAACACUCACACACUUACACACAUUCAACACAACAUUCACACAACCUCUAUAUGCUGGAUUUAAUGUUUAUUUGACUUCUUCAGUGUCUCUCUCAGGUAAAACAACACAGUGACUGACUGAAAGAAAUACAGAGACUCGAUCUGAAAUCAGCAAAUCAUGAUGUGGUAGACAGACAGACAGACAGACAGACAGACAGACACUUUACUGAUAACUACUCACUAGAGACUUAAUGUCCCACAAUGCUUUGAUUUUUGUCCAUUUUCAAUCACACCUUCUAUACUUUACCUGUACUAUUUAACCUGUUACACCUCACUCACUCCUCAUGAAGUAUUGUUUGCCUUGGCUGCAAUUCUGAGCAUUCUAGUUUAUUAUCUUGUUUAGUUUUUUUUUUUUUACUUUGCCUGGAUUUAUAUCUCUCGAGUGUUUUGUUUUUUUCCUGCACUCAGUAUUAUUAUUGUUCGCUGCCUGCCUCAACCUGAUAACUUUUUUAUGACAAUAUUUGGAUUUACCCGCUACUCUACAUGGCAUGUCUACAGGGCAUGGUGACCAUUGCCUCUCUGAUUGGAUCCAUUUGUUUAUAGUAUUUAUUAAAAUCAAUACUCAGGAUCGUAGAGGCAAUGUUCAAAAUGACCAUGACAUUAUAAGACAGUGCAGUACAAAGAGUGCAAACUGUCCAACAGAUUAUUGUAAAAACAUUAUAGACAGUUCACAAAUACAUACGUAAUAAAUAUACAAAUUUAACACAACAUUAAAUGUAUAAAUAAAAUCCAAAUGAACUAAAUAUAAUGUAAUAAUAGCAACUAUAUUGUAUAAAGUAUGUAUGUAA